CAGCAGUAGCUGCUAAAAAUAGAACUGACACAGAAGAGAUAGGAGUCUACACCCUUCAGGACAAGCGCAGGAGGCCUACAACUCAGCCUGACCACGGGCCCAUGAUAGAUUACUUUCAGAAAGGACUUUUUACUAAACCUAUCACACUAGUUGUUGGCUUAAGUUGUGUGUGAAAUCAUCAACACCAUGGACAACUUGGAGAAACAGCUGAUUUGUCCAAUAUGCCUGGAAAUGUUUACAAAGCCUGUGGUCAUCCUACCCUGCCAGCACAACCUGUGCAGAAAAUGUGCCAGUGAUGUUUUUCAGGCUUCAAACCCAUACCUUCCAACAAGAAGUGGUUCUUUGACAUCUGGUGGCCGUUUCCGAUGCCCAUCCUGCAGACACGAGGUGGUGUUGGACAGGCAUGGUGUUUACGGCCUGCAGAGGAACCUGCUGGUUGAGAAUAUCAUUGACAUGUUCAAGCAGGAGUCCAACAGCAGCAAACCAGCACCAGAGAGAAAGGAGGAAACGCCCAUGUGUGAUGUUCACGAGGAUGAAAAGAUCAACAUUUACUGUGUGACCCACGGUGUGCCUACAUGCUCCAUGUGUAAGGUCUUCGGAGCCCACAAAGACUGUGAGGUCGCCCCCCUCAGCAGCAUCUACCAGACAAAGAAGACGGAGCUGAGUGACGGGAUUGCCAUGAUGGUUGGUAACAACGACAGGAUGCAAGGCAUCAUUAGUCAGCUAGAGGAAGCCUGUCGUGCCAUAGAGGAGAACAGUCGGAGACAGAAGACUCUGGUAUGUGAAAAGUUUGACAAGUUAUACUCUAUCCUGGAGGAGAAAAAGAGGGAGAUGAGUCAGAAGGUGACAGAUGAGCAGGAAGAGAAGGUGAACUAUAUCCGGGGACUGACAAGGAAAUAUGGAGACCAUCUGGAAGAGAGCUGUAAGAUCUUGGAGACGGGGAUCCAGACUAUGGAAGAGCCAGAAAUGGCUUUAUUCCUACAGAACACAAAGCCUCUCCUCAAAAAGAUUGAAGAAGCAUCCGGUGCAGCGCACCUGGAUAAAGUAGAGCGUGGCUAUGAGAGUAUGGAUCGUUACAAAGUUAACUUCAAGAAAGAGGGCAAGGCCCUGCGGAGCAUCGACUUCAUCCAAGAUGAUGAAGACGAAGAUGAAGACGAUGAGGAUGCAGAAGCCGGUGCUGAGGAAGGAGAAGGGACCCAGACUGUUUCUGGAGGUGCUAUUUCAGCUGCCUCUGCCCAACCUUCUGCCCCCCAGCAGAUAAGCUCCUCCCCCAGCGCAGCCACAAGCACUCCCUCCACCUAGCUGUCAGCCCUGACAACACCCAAACCAAGAGUGGGAUGAUUGCUGCUCCUAAAUAUUGACCUCUGGUCAGUUGUGAUACAUUUUUAACCACCCUGGGAAACUUUGAGAAAAAUGUAGGCCCAUGCCAAAGGAAAAAACCUAAGUUAUGUAUGUAGGUCUAAAGGAAAUCACAAGUUUUACUUCUGCUUCUUUUAUUGGGAUUGUGGGAGGGUAUGUCACUGCAUACGGACUGAUUUUAUUUCCUUUUCUCUGAUUAAAAAACUGGGUCCUCCUCUUCAUUUUGGACAUACUUGAUGGCAGGCGAACUUUGACUGUAAAUUGCCUUUUUGCAGAAUUGAGAUGUACUCCAGCAUUUUUUAUGUAGUUGACCUUUUGAGACUGACUGCUUAAACUGCUGCAUUAAAA